UGCAGCAGGAGACCGAGGCAGCCUCCUGUCCCUCGCAGUCCCAGCCAUCCCGAGAUGGGCAACAGUUUGAAAGCCAUACUUGCUGUUGUGCCCUCUAACAAGUGCCAGAAGUACCUCCUAGAAGACCUAGAAGAGAUGCCAGUGGAUAAAAUGGUCGAUUUGAGUGGCAGGCAGAUGAGGCGGCUGCCUGUGCACAUUUGCUCUUUUAGGGAAUUGGUUAAGCUGUACCUGAGUGACAACAACCUGAACCAUCUGCCCCCCGAGCUGGAGCAGCUGCAAAACCUGCAGAUCUUGGCACUGGACUUCAACAACUUCAAAGCACUGCCCCUAGUUGUGUGCACGCUGAAGCAGCUGUGCAUCCUCUACCUGGGCAACAACAAGCUGUGCAGCCUGCCCCUGGAGCUCCGACUCCUGCAGAACCUGAAGACGCUGUGGAUCGAGUCCAACUGCCUGCAGUACCUGCCCGAGGUGGUGUGCGAGCUCAGCCUGCUCAAGACGCUGCACGCGGGCUCCAACGCCCUGCGCGGGCUCCCUCGGCAGCUGCAGGGCCUGCAGGAGCUGCGCACCAUCUGGCUCUCAGGGAACCUGCUCUCCGAGUUCCCGCCCGUGCUCCUGGACAUGCCCUUCCUCGAGGUCAUCGACGUGGAUCGCAAUUCCAUCCGCUUCUUCCCCAGCCUUGCUCACCUGCCCGGCCUGAAGCUGGUGAUCUACGACCACAACCCCUGCAGGAACGCGCCCAAGGUGGCCAAAGGGGUGCGCAGGGUGGGCAGAUGGUCAGAGGAGAGCCCCGAGCCCCGCAAGCGAUCGGGGGCGGUGAUAGAUAUCACGCUGGACGAGAAGCCAUUGCUACCUCCUGCCGCCAAGGCCGAGCCCGACGCCGAGCCCUGCUGACGCUCAGCUGCCCCUUCUGGCCAAGGUGGCAGCGCACUCCCGCCGCCGCCCAACCUCUACCUCUCCCUUGCUUGCUGGUGUCCAGGGAGCACCACACCGCAUGGCAAUCUUAGGAGUACGUGCACCAGCUUGGAGAUAUUGUGACAGCACAACUCUUGUACAGACACCUCUCUGUCUUUGUGCAGCACCCAGCACCCUCCAUAGAACAGACUCCUUCUGUCUCUCAUGCUGAGAUCACACAGUUCACAACAGAGAUAAGACUCAGUUUAGAUGUUUGCCAUGGGGGGAUUGCAUGGAGCACAUAUGGACUUGCUGCUCCUCACCCAUGGGCUCACUCUUCUCCCUUCCACCUUCUUGAGGUGUCCCAGCCCAGCUGAAACCCACUGCUCAAUGUGAUCCCCACAGCUCUAAAGCAGCAUUGGUCUCAAAUUACUUUAUCUGAAACAGCAAUACCUUGAAGGCUUCCCUGUCUGCUGAGUGGGAAGUGGUAGCAGAGUCCCGGCUGCACUAUCAAGAAAACAGCACAUACGUACAGGGGGCUCUCCUCUUUCUUCCUGCAAAAUUUGUGACAACUGUUUCAUCACUGCUGAGCAGUAUUCAAAUGAUGGUGAGGAAAGCUGUAGGCUUUGGUGCUGGGUUUUGUUACUGACAGUACUGCCUCUAAGGACAACUGUAAAGGAAAAGUUUUCAUGCAGGAGCAAAGAAGAAAAUCAAAGCCUGACUAAAAAGGAAAAGCCACAGGAGCUGCAAAGACACAACUGGAGAAAUGUUUUCAUUUUAAAAGCACAAGUCUGCUGGUAAGCAUUAACUACCUGACCAUUCUGUUCACUGUUUCCAUGACAGCAGUGCAAACUCACAUGCACUGACUGAAGAGAUAAUGCCAAGUGUUACUAUGCACUUGAAUUUAAUUUUCUUGGGAGAAAGGUUUUCCCUAAUUCAAAUUGCAGAAAGCAAAUUUUUUCUCAAACUGACAGUCUGUUAUCACAAUUCUAUUCAUGUUUCUUGUGACACACUCAUUUCCUACUAAGAUGCAAUCUCCAAUGCAAGACCAGAAACUUGUAGCUAGUGCUAGAGUAUGAAUACACUCAAACAGCACUAGAGUAUCAAUGGAACAGAAGGGCUGCUCUUUUCUAAAUCAGCUGUCAGCUACCUAAGAUGAGAUUUUUAUGUGCUAUUUCUGCAGCACUUCUAACCAGCAGGUAAGGUGAGCAAUAACCAUUUAGAGGAGGGUUAGCAUAUGAACAUUUACAAGCCUGUAACAUGCAGAAUUAUUAAAACACCAGUACUUUUUUCCUAAGAUAAAAAAACAAUUUCUUUUCAAACAUCUUCCCUUUGUUUAUCCAAGAUGUGCUGCUAAAACUUCACUUCUUUACUUUGGACAACCAAAAUUUUUUUAAAGUGAAGCAAAUAUCUGAUGUCACAAGUUAGUAAACUUCAUGAAACUUUGUGUCUUAGCCCAGCAAUAUGAUUAAAUAAACCUACCAUUCGUAAAGCCUUAGCAAAGGACUCCAUUGCAACAGACUCUUUGCCAGGUGUUCUGACAGCAAGUUCUGCAACGGCGUUAGCCAUCAGCAUCUCUGAACAACCUAUUCAGUGAAGACACACAGAUGUUACACAUCCAACCUUCAGUAAUACCAAAGUAUGACAGGUACAUAGAGUCUGAUAUUCACCUCC